UUUCAGAGUCAAAAGAGUUCUGAUCUAGCCACCCCCCCAAACUGGGAAGUAUGGAUCCCUGAGGACAUCUUUACAAUCAUCUUGGAGGCUGUUUUCUAGAGGGCCUUGGAGACCCACCAGGAUGAUGUGCCUUAAGCUUAUUAAGUUUAUAUCUCUUGCUCUGGGCCUCCUCAUAACAGCUUCCUUUCCCUCCUUUGUGGAAGGCAAGAAGGGUCAGAUGUCAGUCAGUCGCUGCACCUUUUUUGGAGAUGACCACAUCAAAACCUUUGAUGACCUCUUCUACAACUUUGGUGGAGACUGCAGUUACCUCCUGACUGGAGACUGCCAGAAGCACUCUUUCUCCAUUUUAGGGGAUUUUGAAAAUGGCAAGAGGAAAAGUCUCUCUGUGUAUCUUGGGGAAUUUUUUGACAUCCACUUAUUUAUCAAUGGCACCGUGACACAAGGAGACCAAAGAAUCUCCAUUCCUUAUGCCUCCAAAGGGCUCUAUUUAGAAAUGGAGGCUGGUUAUUACAAGUUGUCCAGUGAGGUCUACGGCUUUGUGGCCAAGAUUGAUGCCGAUGGGAACUUCCAGCUUCUAUUGCCUGAAAGACACUUCAAUAGGACCUGUGGACUAUGUGGCAACUUCAAUGACUUUGCAGAAGAUGACUUUAUAACCCAGGAAGGUACCUUGACCUCUGACCCCUACAACUUUGCCAACUCCUGGGCCUUACGCAGUGCAGAGCAUGGGUGUAAGCGAGUCUCUCUUUCAAGUGGCACAUGCAAUAUCUCUUCUGUGGAGAUGAAAAAGGGUUUACAAGAACGGUGCCAGAUUUUGAAAAGCUCUUCAGUGUUUGCCCAGUGCCAUCCCCUGGUGGAUCCUGAGCCUUUUAUUGCUCUUUGUGAAAAAUACUUAUGCCACUGUGCCCAGGAAGAAGGAUGUGCCUGCUCAGUCUUCUUGGAAUAUGCCCGGAAUUGUGCCCAGCAGGGAAUGGUGUUGAAUGAUUGGACUCAUGAUAGCAAAUGUAGGCCAGCAUGUCCUGUCGGCAUGGAGUAUAAGGAAUGUGUGUCACCUUGCACCAGAACCUGUCAGAGCCUACACAUCAAUGAAGUCUGUCAGAACCAAUGCAUCGAUGGCUGCAGCUGUCCUGAGGGGAAGCUGCUUGACAAUGGCCUUUGCGUGGAAAGCUCAGAGUGUUCCUGUGUGCAUUCUGGGAAACACUAUCCUCCUGGCGCCUCCAUCUCCCAGGACUGCAACACAUGCAUUUGCCGAAACAGCCUGUGGAUCUGUAGUAAUGAAGAUUGCCCUGGAGAGUGUCUGGUAACUGGCCAGUCUCAUUUCAAGAGUUUUGACAACAAGUACUUUACCUUCAGUGGGAUCUGCCAGUAUUUACUGGCCCGGGAUUGUCAAGAUCACACCUUCUCCAUUAUCAUAGAAACCGUCCAGUGUGCCAAUGACCCAGAUGCUGUUUGUACUCGCUCGGUCACCCUCCGGCUCCUUCACCUGCACAACAGUAUUGUGAAGUUGAAGCAUGGGGGUCUGGUCUCACUAGAUGGACAGGACAUUCAGAUCCCCCUAAUACAAGGUGACCUCAGGAUCCAGCGGACCGUGAUGGCCUCAGUGCACCUUACCUAUGGAGAGGACCUGCAGAUAGACUGGGAUGGGAGUGGGAAGCUACUGGUGAAGCUGUCUCCAGUAUACUCUGGGAAAACUUGUGGUCUGUGUGGGAAUUACAAUGGCAACAAAGGAGAUGACUUUCUCACCCCUUCUGGCCUGGUGGAGCCUUUGGUGGAAGAUUUUGGAAAUUGCUGGAAACUCAAUGGAGACUGCCAAGAUUUGUUGAAACAGGACAGCGACCCCUGUAAUCUUAACCCUCGGCUAACCAAAUAUGCUGAGGAGUCUUGCUCUCUCUUGACGUCCUCCAAGUUUGAGGCGUGCCACUCUGUGAUCAGCCCAGCUCCCUACUUAAAAAACUGCCACUAUGAUGUCUGCUCUUGCUCGGAUGGGAAAGACUGCCUGUGCUCAGCAGUGGCCAGCUAUGCCUCAGCCUGUGCCAGGAAAGGCAUUAUGAUUGAGUGGAGAGAGCCCAGGCUUUCUGCGGUGGCACUGAGCUGUCCAGAGGGCCAGGUGUAUCAGCAGUGUGGGACUCCUUGCAACCAGAGCUGUCGUUCCCUCUCCUAUCCAGACAUGGAAUGCACUGAGGUUUGCCUUGAGGGCUGUUUUUGUCCUCCUGGGCUAUACACUGAUGAGAAGAGGAACUGUGUGCCCAAAGCCCAGUGCCCCUGUUAUUACGAUGGCGAGAUCUUUCAGCCUGAAGAUAUCUUCUCAGACCAUCACACCAUGUGCUACUGCGAGGAUGGCUUUAUGCAUUGUAGUACCAAUGGACUUCCGGGUGGCCUGUUGCCAGAUGUCAUCCUUAAUAGUCACCCAUCUUCUCGAAUGAAAAGGAGCCUAAGCUGCCGGCCCCCCAUGGUCAAGUUUGUGUGUCCGGCUGACAACCCCCAAGCGGAAGGGAUUGAAUGUGCAAAAACCUGUCAGAACUAUGACUUGGAGUGCGUUAGCCAUGCUUGUGUCUCCGGCUGCCUCUGCCCUCCAGGAAUGGUCCGCCAUGGAAACAGAUGUGUCGCCCUAGAAAGAUGUCCCUGCUUCCACAAGGGCAAAGAAUAUGCCCCAGGAGAAACAGUGAAGAUAGACUGUAAUACUUGUGUGUGCCGUAAUAGAAAAUGGGACUGUACGGACAUGGUGUGCGAUGCCACCUGCUCAGUGAUCGGCAUGGCCCAUUACCUGACCUUCGAUGGCCUCAAAUACACCUUCCCAGGCAAAUGCCAGUAUGUUCUGGUGCAGGACCACUGUGGCAACAACCCUGGAACCUUUCGGAUCCUAGUGGAGAAUGAAGACUGCAGUUUCUCCUCAGUGAAGUGCAGUAAGCGGAUCACCAUUCUGUUUGAGGAGGGAGAGAUCGAACUGUUUGAUGGAGAUGUGAAUGUGAAAAAACGUUUGAAAGAUGAGACUCAUUUUGAAGUGGUGGAGUCAGGCCGCUACUACAUCCUGUUACUAGGCAAAGGGAUCUCCCUUCUCUGGGAUAAGAACAUGGGAAUCUCUGUUAUUCUGAAACAAACAUAUCAGGAGAGAGUGUGUGGUCUGUGUGGGAAUUUUGAUGGCAACCAGAACAAUGACUUCACCAGCAGCAGCCUACAGCUGGAGAUGGGCCCAGUGGACUUUGGGAAUUCUUGGAAAGUGAACCCACAGUGUGCUGACACCAGUGAAGUAUUGCUGGAUGGUGCCCCUGCCAUUUGUCAAAACAAUGUCAUGAAGCAGACGAUGGUGGAUUCCUCAUGUAGGAUCCUGACUAGUGACACCUUCCGAGAGUGCAACAAAUUGGUGGACCCAGAGCCUUAUGUGGAUAUUUGCAUAUAUGACACCUGUUCCUGUGAAUCCAUUGGGGACUGUGCCUGCUUCUGUGAUGCCAUUGCUGCCUAUGCCCACGUGUGUGCCCAGCAUGGUACAGUGGUGAACUGGAGGACUGACACGUUGUGCCCGCAAAGUUGUGAGGAGAAGAAUCAACGAGAAAAUGGCCACGAGUGUGAGUGGCGCUAUAACAGUUGUGCUUCCGCCUGCCCCAUCACAUGCCAGCACCCUGAGCCGCUCUCAUGUCCAGUGCAGUGUGUGGAAGGAUGCCAAAUACACUGCCCUCCAGGGAAGAUCCUGGAUGAACUGUUACAGACUUGUAUUGACCCCACGGACUGCCCUGUAUGUGAGUUGGAGGGUCGGCGCUUUUCACAAGGAAAGAGAAUCUACUUGAACCAGGAUGAUCCCAAACUCUGCAAACACUGCCACUGUGAUGGUGUGAACUUGACCUGUGAAGCCUGCCAGGAGCCAGGAGAUCUGCAAUUGGCCCCAUCAUUGACAACCGCUGCCCCAACUAUGGCAUAUGAUGAAGAGACUCCUGAGCCUCCCUUGCAUAGCUUCUACUGUAGCAAGAUGCUGGACUUGGCCUUCUUGUUGGAUGGCUCCUCCAAGCUGUCAGAGGCUGAGUUUGAGGUGCUGAAGGCUUAUGUAGUGGGCAUGAUGGAGCGUUUACACAUCUCUCAGAGGCGCAUCCGGGUGGCUGUGGUGGAAUACCAUGAUGGUACCCACUCCUACAUUGACUUGAAGGACCGGAAACGGCCAUCAGAGCUUCGUCGGAUCACCAGUUCUGUGAAGUAUGCUGGUGGCAAGGUGGCUUCCACCAGUGAGGCCCUGAAGUAUACCCUCUUCCAUAUCUUUGGCAAAGCUGACCGCCCUGAAGCGUCUCGGAUUGCCUUGCUUCUGACGGCCAGUGAGGAGCCCCCUCCUAUGGCCAGGAGUAUAGUCCGCUACGUCCAAGGCCUGAAGAAGAAGAAGGUCAUUGUGAUCCCAGUGGGCCUAGGGCCCCAUGCCAGCCUUAAGCAGAUUCGUCUCAUUGAGAAGCAAGCACCAGAAAACAAGGCCUAUUUACUUAGUGGUGUGAAUGAGCUGGAGCAAAGGCGGGAUGAGAUCCUAGGCUACCUCUGUGACCUGGUACCUGAUAUCCCUGUUGCUACCAUCCCCUCCCAGAUAGUACAGGUUACUAUGAGUCCACAACUCUUGGCUUCCCCAACCUCUUUACACAGUAGACACAUGAUUCUGGAUGUAGUGUUUGUGCUAGAAGGCUCAGACAGAAUAGGUGAAGCCAACUUCAACAAGAGCAAAGAGUUCAUGGAGCAGGUGAUUCAACGGAUGGAUGUGAGCCAAGGGAGCAUCCACAUUUCCAUCAUACAGUACUCCUAUACAGUGACUGUGGAGUUCUCCUUCAAUGAAACUCAGUCUAAGAGACAUAUCCUAGAGAAGAUACAGCAGCUACACUAUCGGGGCGGCAAUAGGACCAACACUGGGAAGGCCCUUGAAUACCUUUCUGAGAAUACCUUCUCUUCCAGCCAAGGCAUUCGGAAGGAAGCACCCCAUCUAGUAUACAUGGUAGUGGGCAAUCCUGCCACGGAUGAGAUCAAACGUUUACCCCAGGAUGUUCAGGUGAUCCCCAUUGGUGUGGGCCCCCAAGCUGACAUCCGUGAGCUGGAGAUGAUCAGUCGGCCCAAUGCUCCAAUCAUGAUAAAUGACUUUGACAGACUCCCUUGGGAGGCUCCAGAUCUGGUUCUGCAGAGGUGCUGCUCUGAUGAAGGACUAAGGCUGCCCACACUACCGCCAGCCCUAGAUUGCACUCAGCCCUUGGACAUAGUUCUCCUCUUGGAUGGCUCCUCCAACGUCCCAGCUUCUUAUUUUGAAGAAAUGAAGAAUUUCGCCAAGGCCUUUAUUAAGAAGGCUAAUGUGGGGCCUCAUGCCACUCAGAUAUCAGUGCUCCAGUAUGGAAGUAUCACCACCAUUGAUAUUCCGUGGAAUGUACCCCAGAAUAAAGAAUACCUACUGAGCCUUGUGGACCCUAUGCAGCUUGAAGGGGGCCCCAGCCAAAUAGGGAAUGCAUUGAAUUUUGCUGUCAGAUAUGUCACAUCGGAAAUCCAUGGUGCGAGGCCGGAUGCUUCAAAGGUGAUAGUCAUCUUGAUAACAGCAAUGUCUAUAGAUUCUGUGGAUUCAGCAGCUGAUGCAGCCAGAGCCAGCCGAGUGUCAGUAUUCCCCAUCACGAUUGGCCAUCAAUACGAUACAUCGCAGGUGAGGAGAUUGGCAGGGACAGCUUCCUCCUCCAACAUCAUGGAACUCCAGCGAAUUGAAGAUCUCUCCACUAUGGUUGUCUUAGACAACGCAUUUAUGCACAAGCUAUGCUCUGGUUUCUCCAAAGUCUGUUUGGAUGAAGAUGGGAAUCAAAAGAGACCUGGGGACCGGUGGAUGUUGGCUGAUAAGUGCCAUACUGUAACCUGUCUGCCAGAUGGCCAGACUGUGAUGGAGAGUCAUCGGAUCAAUUGUGAGAAUGCGCCCAGACCCACAUGCCCUAACAGCCAGCCUGCUGUGAAGGUAGAGGAGACCUGCGGUUGUCGCUGGACCUGCCCCUGUGUAUGUAUGGGAAGCUCAACCCGACACAUCGUGACCUUUGAUGGCCAGGACUUCAAGCUGACUGGCAGCUGUUCCUAUGUCCUGUUUGAAAGCAAAGAGCAAGACCUGGAGAUCAACCUUCACAAUGGGGUCUGUAACCCUGGGAUGAAGCCCACCUGCAUGAAGUCCGUAGAAGUCAAACACAAGGGCCUGUCUAUCCAGCUCCACAGUGACAUGGAGGUGACCGUGAAUGGGAGGCUGAUUUCACUUCCCUAUGUGGAUGAAGAUAUGGAAGUCAACACCUAUGGGGCCAUCAUGCAUGAGAUCCGGUUCUCCCACUUGAACCACAUCUUCACAUUCACGCCACAGAACAAUGAAUUUCAGCUACAGCUCAGCCCCAAGACCUUUGCCUCCAAAACCUAUGGACUCUGUGGGAUUUGUGAUGAGAAUGGGGCUAACGACUUCAUGCUGAGGGAUGGCACAGUCACCACAGACCACAAGGCACUCAUCCAGGAGUGGACAGUCCAGGACCCGGGCACCACAUGUGAACCUGUCGCAGAGGAACAGUGUCUGGACUCCAGUAGCUCCCACUGCCAGGUCCUCAUGUCCUCCAUAUUUGCUGAGUGCCACCGAGUCCUUUCCCCUACCACAUUUUACGCCAUUUGCCAGCAGAACAGCUGUCACCAGGAGCAAGUGUGUGAGGUGAUUUCCUCCUAUGCCCACCUGUGCCGGACACAUGGAGUCUGUGUCAACUGGAGGAUGACAGACUUCUGCGCUAUGAAGUGCCCACCCUCCAUGGUGUACCAUCACUGCCAGCAGGUCUGCCCUCAGAAUUGUGAUGGUAACUCAAGCACGUGUGUGGACUAUCCCUCAGAAGGCUGCUUCUGUGCCCCUGAGCAGGCGAUACUAGAGGGGAAAUGUGUCCCCAAGGAAGCCUGUACCCAAUGCAUCAGUGAAGACGGUGAACAUCAUGAGUACCUGGAAACAUGGGUGCCUUUUGGCCAGCCCUGUCAGAUCUGCAUGUGUCUCAACAAUCGGAAGAUCAACUGCACCUCGCAGCCUUGCCAUACAGCCAGAUCCACCACUUGUGGUCCCUGUGAAGUAGCCCGUUUGCAACAGAAUCCAGACCAAUGCUGUCCAGAGUAUGAGUGUGUUUGUGACCCAGGAAGCUGUGAAGUGCCCCCUGUACCUCACUGUGAAGAUGGUCUUCAGCCGGUGCUGACCAACCCAGGGGAAUGCAGACCAAAUUAUGUCUGUGCUUGCAAGGAGGAGGAGUGUAAAAAUGAGCCUAUCCCUUCAUGCCCUCCACACCGGACGCUGACUCCCAGGAAGACAAAAUGCUGUACUGAGUAUGAGUGUGCUUGCAGCUGUUUCAAUUCCACUGUGAGCUGCCCCCUGGGAUACCUGUCCUCCUCCAUCACUAAUGACUGUGGUUGUAUUAGUACCACCUGCAUCCCUGACAAGGUUUGUGUGCACCAAGGCACUGUCUAUCCUGUGGGGCAGUUCUGGGAGGAAGGCUGCAAAACCUGCACCUGCACCAACAUGGAGGAUGCUGUCGUGGGCCUGCAUGUGGCCGAGUGUUCUGAGAAGCACUGUGAUGAGAGCUGCCAGCUGGGCUUCACCUAUGUGUCUCAGGAAGGCCAGUGCUGCGGGAAAUGCUUACCAUCAGCCUGUGAGGUGGAGGGUGGCUCGUUCCGGGGUGACUCAGAGACUCAUUGGAAGGAUGUUGGCUCACAAUGGAGUUCCCCUGAGAACCCUUGCCUCAUCAAUGAGUGUGUGCGAGUGAAGGAUCAAGUCUUUGUCCAGCAGAGGAAUGUCUCCUGCCCUCAGUUAGAUGUCCCUACCUGCCCAAUGGGCUUCCAGCUGAGCUGUAGUCAGGCCACAGGAUGUUGCCCUUCCUGUAGUUGUGAACCUGUUCAGGGCUGUGUGGUCAAUGAUACUAUCAUUAGGCCGGGGGGCAGCCUGAUGGUGGAUCCAUGUACUACCUGCCGUUGCAACCUGCAGAGCGGGACUGUCCUCAAAUAUAGAUUGGUGUGUGGAAAGGUUACUUGUCAGCCCUGUCCCCAGGGUUACAGGGAGGAGAAGGCAGAGGGAUCUUGCUGUGGAAAGUGUCUGCCCGUUGCCUGUACUAUCCAACUGAGAAGGGGAACUAUCAUGGCGCUACAGGCCAAUGAGACUAUACGGGAUGGCUGUGAUAGCCACUACUGCAGGAUCAGUGAGAAAGGAGAAUUUAUUUGGGAACGGAGAGUGACUGGGUGCCCACCCUUCAACCAACAGAAGUGUCUGGCUGAUGGGGGUAAAGUUGUGAAAAUUCAAGGCACUUGCUGUGAUACAUGUAUCGAGCGUGAUUGUAAAGAUAUCACUGCCAGAUUACAGUAUGUGAAAAUUGGACCUUGCAAGUCAGAAGUGGAAGUCAAUAUUCAUUAUUGUGAGGGUAAAUGUCCCAGCAAGGCCAUCUACUCCAUUGAUGUCCAGGAUGUACAAGAGCAGUGUUCAUGCUGCUCUCCAACUCAAAUAGAGCCUCUGAGGGUCCCCCUACAGUGCACCAAUGGCUCUGUGGUGUACCAUGAUAUUUUCAAUGCCUUGAAGUGCCAAUGUUCCCCCCGGAAAUGCACCACAUGAAGCUUUUCAGCAAUGGAGGAGGGGACCUGCCUUUGCUUGCUGCUGAAGAAACCAAGCCUUUGGUUCCUGUUGACCUCCCUGGGACCACUUCUUAGCCUUUCUGUACAGGGGUCCCCUUUCCCCUACAGCCCCACAAUAAAGUC